UCUUCUCGUCCUUAAAGUACUGCCCUACUGUACAAACAGGUGGGCGGUUUCUACAAACAUUAUAAGAGUGAAAGCAAUAGCUUCUGCAAUACAAGCGUAAAGAGACGUCUGCAGGGAAACUGACAGCCAAUAUCCUGCCCAUUUAUCCAAGGAGGCGCUGUAGGAUUUUACAACAAGUUGAGAAGAUCAUAGGAAUACCGUAGCCCCCAUAUCCAGUCUUGAAAAGGAAAUGCAUACAUCUUUGUCUGUGGCCGCUUAGAAACGUUCCCUUUAUUUGCUGCUGCGGUUAACGUUGCACCAUAUGGGACCUUUACUAACAGAUAUGCCGCUGGUGGCAUCCUUCGUCGACUCGCGAUCAGAAGGCAGCGGCACGUCUUUCUCCGGCGAGGACUGCCCAAGCCCAUCUGAAUCGGAGAGAGGAGGACAGAAAGGAGUGAGUGUGGACCGGAGAGGUAAAAGAAGAGUGAAGAACAGAGACGCUGCCAGGAAGAGCAGGAAAAAACAGACAGAGAGAGCAGACAUUCUCCACCAGGAGCUACAGACCGCAGAAAGUGCUAACUUAGCUCUAGCGAAGGAGAUUGCUGGUCUGAGAAGAGAGUUCCGGCUCUACACAGCCACGCUGGAGCAACAUGAACCUCUCUGCACCCUCCGGCCCUCCUCUGUACCCGCCAAUGCCCCCUGCUGCCAGAUCCUGUCCCCCUCCGCGUCAUCUAUUGCCCCUGUGACUAUCCCGGCACCCGCUGUGUCCCCUCAAACUACCCCGGCACCCGCUGUGUCCCCUCAAACUACCCCGGGCUCUCUUCUUACCCCAGUAACUGGAGGGCAGAGGGCUUGUUUACCUGCCCCUGCCUCUUUACCACUCUCCACUCUCGUCACUGUUCCUUCAACUGCCCAUGUGACUAACCCCUACCCUUUGCUUUCCACUCUAUAUUCCCCAAUAUCUAAUAUUGCCUCUCUGAUUGCCCCAAACAAUCUUUGUGGCUCUCUAAUUACCCCAAUAGCUAAUAUUUCCCCUCUAACUACCCCAAUAAAUAAUCUUGCCCAUCCAACAACCCCAAUAACUAAUUUUGCCCCUCCAACUAUCCCUGCCCCUACUCUGUCAUCCAACUCCUACCCUUUGACCCUGUACCCUCUGAACUUGUCUACCCCAGCCAUUGAACCGCCAAUAGAAUUUUCCCUCUCCGACAUCCUGGACAGUCCUGAUUGGCUCUGCGACCUUCCAUCACCCACCUGGGGCGAGUUCUAAUGGACCGAUCACACUGUUUGGCGAAUAGUUGAAAUCAGCCGGUGGUUAUCGCCUCUGACCACAGAACAUCACUACUGAUUUUCUGGCAAUUUCCUGACGAAUCUCCAUGUUGAAUCUCCACUGUCCAUCGGCAGACAACCACCAGGUGAUCUACAGCCAACGUCUGUGAUGAUGUGUCUUUCGUGGGGUAAGAUUCCUGGCACCCUAUGAAAGACUAAUUUAGGUUUCUGUAGAGAAGAACAGAAAGACACUUAAAGUUUAUGGACUCUGGUGUUUGGUACAUGUAUAUACCAAGCACAUGUAAUGGUUGUUCACAUCUUGUGAGGAAUUCUGUAGCUGUUAUGUUGAUUUACUGUUUGUGUUUUUGAAUAACCGGCACUGUUCAUUGGUCAUAACAGCCUAUUGGCCCUGUUCAUUGGUCAUAACAGCCUAUUGGCCCUGAUCAUUGGUCGGUGAUGAACUUCUUUGAGAGUGGAAUAAUUGAUUGAUUGAUUGGUAUAAGCUUUUAAAUUCUUCAUUAGAACCUCACAUAUUGAGUUAAUUUAUUUGUGUAUAAAAUCAACAAUUCAAAUGGACUUUUCUUUUUUUUUUAAGCUGCAAAUGUAUGAACAGGCUAUAGACAAAACAAAUAGCAUAUGACUGUAUUUGGAAGACCACAUCUCAUAAGAUAUAAACUACGUCUAUAUUCAAAAUACCUCAGAUUUAGGUUUAAACAUAGGAUAUACAGGUAACUGCCAAAAUAAGGGAAACUCCAACAUAAAGUGUCUUAAAUAGGACGUUGAGCCACCACCAGCCAGAACAGAUUCAAUGCACCUUGGGCAUAGCAGUGCCUUCAGAAGGUAUUCAGACCCCUUCACAUUUUGUUACGUUACAGCCUUAUUCUAAAAUGGACUAAAUUGUAUUUUUUACUCAUCAAUCUACACACAAUAACCCAUAAUGACAAAGCAAAAAGAGGUUUUUAGAAAUGAUUUUUUUAUUACAAAUAAAAAAUACUGAAAUAUCACAUUUACAAAAGCAUUCAGACCAUUUACUCAGUACUUUGUUGAAGCACCUUUGGCAGCGAUUACAGCCUGGAGUCUUCUUGGGUAUGACGCUACAAGCUUGGCACACCUGUAUUUGGGGAGUUUCUCCCAUUCUUCUCAGCAGAUCCUCUCAAGCUCUGGCAGUUUGGAUGGGGGGCGUUGCUGCACAGCUCUUUUCAGAAAAUAGACACGUGAAAAGAUUCUGGGGAUGAACGUGGACAUAUUCAAUAUGUACCCAUUGUUUUUUAUAUAUACAGUUGAAGUCGGAAGUUUACAUACACUUAAGUUGGAGUCAUUAAAACUCAUUUUCAACCACUCCACAAAUUUUUGUUAUCAAAUUAUAGUUUUGGCAAGUCGGUUAGGACAUCUACUUUGUGCAUGACACAAGUAAUUUUUCCCACAAUUGUUUACAGACAGAUUAUUUCACUUAUAAUUCACUGUAUCACAGGUCCACUGGGUCAGAAGUUUACAUAGAUUAAAUUGACUGUGCCUUUAAACAGCUUGGAAAAUUCUAGAAAAUGAUGUGAUGGCUUUAGAAGCUUCUGAUAGGCUAAUUGACAUAAUUUGAGUCAAUUGGAGGUGUACCUGUGGAUGUAUUUCAAGGCCUACCUUCAAACCCAGUGCCUCUUUGCUUGACAUCAUGGAAAAAUCAAAUGAAAUCAGCCAAGACCUCAGAAAAAAAAUUGUAGACCUCCACAAGUCUGGUUUAUCCUUGGGAACAAUUUCCAAACGCCUGAAGGUACCACGUUCAUCUGUACAAACAAUAGUACGGAAGUAUAAACACCAUGGGACCACACAGCCGUCAUACAGGAACGCAACCCUUUGACUUGGUAGUGCGACACCAAUUUUAAUUGAUCGUUAGGGUGCCAGUGAUUUUAUUUUCUGUCUCCUAGAGCUGAACUUAGUUUGGUGCGAAAAGUGUAAAUCAAUCCCAGAACAACAGCAAAGGACCUUGUGAAGAUGCUGGAGGAAACAGGUACAAAAGUAUCUAUAUCCAGAGUAAAACGAGUCCUAUAUCGACAUAACCUGAAAGGCCACUCAGCAAGGAAGAAGCCACUGUUCCCAAACCGCCAUAAAAAAGCCAGACUACGGUUUUCAACUGCACAUGUGGACAAAGAUCCUACUUUUUGGAGAAUUGUCCUCUGGUCUGAUAAAACUAAAAUAGAACUGUUUGGCCAUAAUGACCAUCGUUAUAUUUGGAGGAAAAAGGGGGAUGCUUGCAAGUCGAAGAACACCAUCCCAACCGUGAAGCACGGGAGUGGCAGCAUCAUGUUGUGGGGGUGCUUUGCUGCAGGAGGGACUGGUGCACUUCACGAAAUAGAUGGCAUCAUGAGGAAAAAUUAUGUGGAUACAUUGAAGCAACAUCUCAAGACAUCAGUCAGGAAGUUAAAGCUUGAUCGCAAAUGGGUCUUCCAAAUGGACAAUGACCCCAAGCAUACUUCCAAAGUUGUGGGAAAAUGGCUUAAGGACAACAAAGUCAAGGUAUUGGAGGGGCCAUCACAAAGCCCUGACCUCAAUCCUAUAGAAAAUUUGUGGGCAGAACUGAAAAAGCGUGUGCGAGCAAGGAGGCCUACAAACCUGACUCAGUUACACCAGCUCUGUCAGGAGGAAUGGGCCAAAAUUCACCCAACUUAUUGUGGGAAUCUUGUGGAAGGCUACGCGAAACGUUUGACCCAAGUUAAUAAACAAUUUAAAGCCAAUGCUACCAAAUACUAAUUGAGUGUGUGUAAACUUCUGACCCACUGGGAAUGUGAUGAAAGAAAUAAAAGCUGAAGUAAAUAAUUCUCUCUGCUAUUAUUCUGACAUUUCACAUUCUUAAAAUAAAGUGGUGAUCCUAACUGACCUAAGACAGGGAAUUUUUAUUUGGAUUAAUUGUCAGGAAUUGUGAAAAACUGAGUUUAAAUGUAUUUGGCUAAGGUGUAUGUAAACU